AAAAAGACACUAGGGUUUUCUACUUUUCUUAACAUCACUUUCUUUUCUUCUGCGCAGCUUUCUUAGUUUCUUUAGCCUUCCACAGUUCCACUGAGUCGAGUGAAGAAGAAGCACAAUAAGUCAAAACCUGGAACAUCCAUGGAGGAUGAUGAUCAUAGUACACCUAAAGCUAGUUUAGAGGUGAAAUCAUUGGAGGAUGAUGAACAUAGUACACCUGAAGCUAGUUUAGAGGUGAAUGAACCUGAAGAUGAAGAACUUGAACAGAAAAAACCGAGGCAGUUAAAAUCGAAUGUUUGGAUUUAUUUCAAGAAGACUGGUAGAGGUAAAGAUGGAGUGGAAAGGGCAAUAUGUAGAGGUUGAAAAGAUCUAUAUCGGGUUGGUUCUACUCCAGGACCCAAAGGUAAGAACUAUGGAACAUCACAUUUAAAACGUCAUUUAAUUAGAUGUAAAAAACUGAAAUACCACAGUUUGGGUCAAAUGUUUAUGGAUAAACAAGGUAAAAUACAGUCUAGAAAAAUAGACCAAUUGGUUUCACGUGAAAUGCUUGCUGAAGCUAUCAUUAAGCAUGAUUUGCCGUAUUCUUUUGUUGAAUAUGAUGGAAUUAGAGCUUGGGCAAAUUAUGCAAGUCCAGAAUUAAUAAUGCCAUCUAGGAACACUUCUGUUGUGGAUGUCCAAAAAGUGUAUUUCAAAGAGAAGGAAAAGUUAAGACAAGUCUUAGCUAAGAUUCCGAAUCGAGUUUGCUUAACUUCUGAUUGCUGGACAGCAGGUACUUCUGAGGGGUAUCUUUGUUUAACUGCUUCAUAUGUUGAUGACAAUUGGAAGUUAGUUAGUAAGAUUUUGAAUUUUUGUCGUAUGAUUCCUCCUCAGACAGGAGUAGAAUUGGCUGCAACUAUAUAUGAUUGUUUGAAAGAGUGGGGCAUUGAUAAGAAGGUGUUCUCUAUCACUUUGGAUAAUGCGACUAAUAAUGAUAGCAUGCAAAAUAUUUUAAAAGGGCAUCUUAGUUUGCAACAGAGUUUAUUAUGUGAUGGUGAGUACUUUCAUGUGCGUUGUUCUGCCCAUAUUCUGAAUUUAAUUGUUCAAGAGGGUUUGAAAGCAGCUAAUGAUGCUUUGUUUAGAGUUAGAGAAAGUGUGAAGUACGUCAAAGGAUCAGAUGCUAGAAUGAGAAAGUUUGAGCAAUGUGUUAAGCAAGUGGGAAUUAAUACAAAUUUGGGUUUACGUUUAGACGUGGCUACCAGAUGGAACUCAACAUACUUGAUGCUUGAGAGUGCACUACAGUAUGAAAAAGCUUUUUCCAGUCUACAGUUGGUUGAUAGAAAUUACUCUCAUUGUCCUACAUCUGAUCAUUGGAGAAGGGCAGAAAAAAUAAGUGAAUUCUUGGAACCUUUUCAUGAAAUAACCAACUUGAUUUCUGGUUCAAGUUAUCCGACCUCCAACUUGUACUUUAUGCAAGUUUGGAAAAUUGAAUGCAUGCUGAUGGAGAAGGCACAGAAUCCAGAUGGAGUUAUUAAGGAAAUGGCUUCAAGAAUGUCCAAGAAGUUUGAUAAAUAUUGGAGUAAAUAUAGUGUAGUGCUUGCCUUUGGAGCAAUCCUUGAUCCUCGCUUCAAGUUGCAACUUUUAAGGUAUUGCUACUCUAAGGUAGAUGAUGCUUCUGCACAAGAGAAGGUUGAAACUAUGAAAAAAAAAUGUACAAGCUCUAUGAAUAUUAUGUAAAUAGUCAAAUUGGAGCAACUACUUCUACUAUUUUGUGUAAACCAACUCAAG